AUGUGCAUCGGAUUCUGCACCGGCUGCUGCGGUGCUUUCGCCGGUACCGCCUUGGGUCACUGCCUCUGCUCCUGCUGCUCCAUCGGCCCCUCUCGCGUCGCCGCGAAGUUCUUAUAUGGAGGGAUGUUCCUGGCCUCCGUUGUUGUCGCGUGGGUUCUUAGAGACUACGCCACCGAUGCACUGUACAAUCUCUACAGUGAGUGUAAUCCGUACACUACAUUCGGAGCUAAUCAUGGUGAUUCAUUCAUCGGAAUGCUGUGGUGGUAUUCCCGCUUCCAGUCGUGUGGGCCGAACAACCCCGGGUGUGUGGGCGCGCUGGCAGUGCUGCGAGUGAGCUUCGGCCUGUGCCUCUUCUUCGCGCUCAUGCUUUCCACCACAGCCGGCGCCAAGCUUGAAAGAAGCUGCCGUGACCUCUGGCACUCGGGCUGGUGGCCUCCCAAACUCAUCCUCUGGCUUCUGCUGCUCUUUCUCCCCUUCCUCCUCCCCUACCAGGUGUUUCAGGUGUAUGGCGAGGUGGCGAUAGCGGGAGCAGCAGUGUUCCUGGUGAUUCAGCUGGUCAGCAUCAUCAAUUUCAUCUACGUCUGGAAUGACUCUUGGCUCAACAAUGACAAAAUGCACGUGUGGAUGGCGGUGGUGUCAGUCGUGUGCUAUCUGCUCUUCCUCACCGGCAUCAUCCUCAUGUACAUCUACUUCGCGCCCUCCUCCUCCUGCUCACUCAACAUCUUCUUCAUCACCUUCCUCCUCGUCCUCGUCGUCGCGCUCACCGCCAUCUCCGUCCAUCCCAAGGUGGACGCAGGGCCUCUCACCACAGGCGUCAUGGCGGUGUAUUUUGUCUUCCUCUGCUGGUCGGCAAUCAUGAGUGAGCCGCCCGCUGAGGCAUGCAACACUCGUCCUCGCCAGACCGGAUACGGCGGGUGGCUUGAUAUUCUGGCAUUCAUAGUGGCCCUCAUCAGCAUCGCCAUCUCAGUCUAUGCCACUGGAAUCGACUCUCGCUGCUUCUCUCUCCGGCCUCAAGAUGAGGAAUCUGCUGGUAAUGGCGAGGUGCCCUAUGGUUACGGCUUUUUCCAUCUUGUGUUCCUUACAGGUUCAAUGUACAUGGCUAUGAUAUUACUGGGCUGGAAUAUGAAUCAAACGCCGGUUGAGUGGAGUAUCGAUGCUGGCUGGAUUAGCACCUGGGUCAAGAUGGCUUUGCUGUGGUUAUCUGCUUUGGUUUAUCUGUGGACGCUCAUUGCUCCCUUCGUGUUAAGGGGUAGAGAGUUCCGAUGA